GUAAGAAACAUACAUACAUACUCCUCCGUGCCAAGCAAAGGUAUAGACUAAUGGACGCACCGCUGUUGAACGAUAGAACGAAGAAUACGACGUCAUUGUUUUGGGUACCGGUCUCACAGAGUGUAUUCUGUCAGGUUUGUUGUCUGUGGAUGGGAAGAAGGUGUUACAUAUGGAUCGCAAUGACUAUUACGGAGGCGAGUCAGCAUCGCUUAAUUUGGCUCAGGUCUACAAAAAGUUCUGCCCAGACCAAGCAGUACCUGAAGGCUACAGAGACCGAGAUUUCAACGUUGACUUGGUCCCCAAGUUCAUGAUGGCUAAUGGCGAGAUCGUUCGCUUCUUGACACAUACUGGUGUUACUCGUUACCUGGAAUUCAAACAAAUCAAUGGAUCGUACGUAUACAAGAAUGGUAGCAUUUACCGUGUACCAGCAUCGGAAGUAGAGGCAAUUUCAUCUUCUCUCCUUGGCUUGAUGGAGAAGCGUAGAGUACAAAAGUUUUUUGAGUUCAUUCAAAACUGGCAAGAGAUUGAUCCUUCCACUCAUGAAGGUCUUGACUUCGAUAAGAAUACAAUGAGCGAGGUAUAUGAUAAAUUUGAGCUUGAGGCUGACGCAAGGGAAUUCAUUGGUCAUGCAAUGGCUUUGCAUCUAGACGACAGUUAUCUUGCUCAGCCAGCUCGAGAGACUGUUGAUAAGAUUAUUUUAUAUGUUGGAUCCGUUGCCCGGUAUGGCAAAAGCCCCUACAUCUACCCCUUGUAUGGACUUGGUGAGCUUCCUCAAUCAUUCGCAAGAUUGAGCGCCAUCUACGGAGGAACAUACAUGUUAGACAAACCUGUAGAUGAAAUUAUUUACGAGAAUGGGGUUGCUACUGGGGUUCGGUCAGGAGACGGAGUUGCCAAAGCCAAGAGUAUCAUCUGUGAUCCCUCAUACGCACAAGACAAAGUUCGUAAAAUCGGAUCAACGGUCCGAGCAAUCUGUUUCUUAGACCACCCGAUUGACAACACUGGCGAUGCCAAUUCCGCCCAAAUUGUCAUUCCUCAAAAACAAGUGGGAAGAAAGCAUGAUAUAUAUGUUGCUAGCGUUUCAACCACUCACAAUGUGUGCCCCAAGGAUAUGUACCUAGCCAUCGUUAGUACCAUUGUCGAAACCGAUGAUCCAGAACAAGAAAUCGAACCAGGUUUGAAGUUGUUGGGCAAAAUUCGUAACAAGUUUGUUACUGUUUCCCCUCUUGAAGAACCAUUGGAGGAAGGGUCAGAGUCCGGUGUUUUUGUAUCGCGUUCAUAUGAUGCUACCUCACAUUUUGAGACCGUAUGUGACGAUGUUAAAAGUAUUUAUAAGCGAGUUACUGGAAAUGAUUUAGUUUUGAAGCAAAGAGCUGCUAUCGAGCAAGCUGAAUGAAGCUGAACGAAACACGUUAAUAAAAAAAUUUUGAAUCAAGCAAAGCGUGCGCUGUGACAAAAGAGAAAAAAAAAUUGGUUGGCAAAAGCGGAUAUUAGAAUUUGGGUCUUGUCAACAUGGACGACGAUGAAUUACAAGCUAUAAGGGCACGUAGAUUGGCCGAGCUACAAGCUCAACAGGUAUGAAUCUGAAUAUGAAAGGUGCCAUUGUCUUUAUGGUAUCCGAU